GGGAGAGAAGGGCACGGCCGCGCCCGAGCGGUCGGGCCCCGGGGGAUGGGGUCGAGCGCGGCCUGCGGGGCCUCGUGCGCCGAGAGGGCAGGGCGGCGGCGUGCGGAGAACAAAGGUGCGGGAGGGGGCGCGGCGUCAGGGCCCGCCUGGCCUGGGCCUCGCUGUGCCGGGGGAGCAGAGCCCCUGCCCCGAGCGUGCCGGGGUGCUGAGGCAGUGAGGUGAUGUGAGGGACGUGGGGUGGCUGCAGGAGGCCGCUGGAUGGGAGUUAAAGCAGCAGUGAAGUGUGAAGUGGGGGUGAGUGAGGAAAUGUGGCACCAGAGGGAAACAAAGGGCCACGGGGAGUAAAGAGCUUGUGGGAAACGUGGGAGAAGGGAGUGAGGGGGAUUAGGGAGCAGUUGUGGUGGGGAGAAGGUGGAAGGGAAGGAGCAAGGUCUGCAGGAGAUAGGGACAGGAAGGGAGGAGAAGGGCUGGAGAGCAGCUCAGGGCGACACAGGGAACCCGAGGGUGCAGAGGGCUGCUCUGCCAGGCACCUGCUGCCCCAGCCGCAUCUCUGGGCUGACUUCUGCUCCUGAAUCUUUUAUGUAUUUUGGGGGCAGACAGCUUCCCGUAAAGCCCCAACACCAGAAGGGGGCAAAAGCAUCCCUUGUUCUCAUCCGUCUUCAUCCUAACUGAUUUUUAUUGCUUUUUAAACCUAAUGGCUUUUAAGCCAUUCUGAGAUAUUACGGGCUGUGACUCAUGCCUUGAAUUCUCGUGAGCAGUGCUGGGUGUGGAAGGAAGAAAGAGAGGGGCACAGGCCCUUGGAGAGGUAACACAUAGCAUAUGUGUCCUCUUAAAUCCUGAGUCAACAUUUGGUUAUAUUGCCACUGAUGAACCUUGGUAAUCCUAGAAUCACCAACUUGAUACGGCUUCUGAUAUCCAGUGGAUUUGAUGCUUGCACCUCACCUGCUUCCCAGAGCUAAAAAAGCAUCACAGGGAGCACGACGAGGGGAUGUGGAGCCCUUAGCUGCGGGUGUUUUAAGACUGAGGAGGAAACAGGCAGCCACCAGCUGUGCAGGGGGGGCAGAUGGACUGUCGGAGCCUGAGGGCAUCUCUCUGAAACGCGUGGCUGUGGUGGAAGAUUUCUUUGACAUCAUUUACUCCAUGCAUGUGGAGAGUUCGACGGAGCCGGGCAAAGCACCCAAACAUGCCGGGCAGAAGAAAACCUACCGAGCGAUUGCAGAGACCUAUGCUUUUCUCCCAAGAGAAGCUGUGACCAGGUUCCUGAUGAGCUGCACGGAGUGCCAGAAGAGAAUGCAUUUCAACUCCAACGGACUGGAGCCCAAAGAGAGUGAACCACCUUCCUCUCUGGUUUCUGGGAUCAUCGACUACAACAUGCCUCUCACCUCUACUUAUCUGAAGCAAAUGAAGCUGCGGGUGAUGAAUUCACAGGAGCAGGAUGAGACGUCGGUGAGCAGCGAGGACUUUGAUAUGAAUGACUCCACAUGGAUCUCAGCUGACCAGCACCUGAACUCCAGCCUGAGUCCCAGCCAGGACGAGAGCAUGCGCAGCCCGCAGAACCUGCACGGCCAGGAGGACGAUGACUCCUCGUCAGAGAGCUGCAGUGGGAAUGGCUCCUCCACCCUGAACCCCUCCACCUCCAGCAGCACGCAGGGCGACAGCGCCUUCCCCGAAAUGAAUGGGAAUGGCACCGCGGCCCCCAUGGACUUCACCGCCUCCGCCGACGACCAGCCCAUCAACCUCUGCGACAAGCUCACGCCUGCCCACGUCACCCCUUCCUACCAGUCGGACAGCUGCAGCACCGACGGGCUGCGCAGCAGGGUGAAGUACGCGGUGAAGACCACGGCAGAGUCCCCACCGUACAGCUCCGGCAGCUACGACUCCAUCAAGACCGAGGUCAGCGGCUGCCCCGAGGACCUGACCGUCGGCAGGGCCCCCACGGCUGACGAGGAUGACGAUGACCAUGACGACCACGAGGACAACGAUAAGAUAAACGAUUCGGAAGGGAUGGACCCGGAGCGGCUAAAGGCCUUCAACAUGUUUGUGCGCCUUUUCGUGGACGAGAACCUGGAUCGGAUGGUUCCCAUCUCCAAGCAGCCCAAAGAGAAGAUCCAGGCCAUCAUCGAGUCCUGCAGCCGGCAGUUCCCCGAGUUCCAGGAGCGAGCUCGCAAACGCAUCCGCACGUACCUCAAGUCCUGCCGCCGCAUGAAGAAGAACGGCAUGGAGAUGACCAGGCCCACGCCGCCUCACCUCACCUCGGCCAUGGCUGAGAACAUCCUGGCCGCUGCCUGCGAGAGCGAGACGCGGAAAGCAGCCAAGAGGAUGCGGCUGGAGAUCUACCAGACCUCACAGGACGAACCGAUCGCCCUGGACAAGCAGCACUCCAGAGACUCCACAGCCAUCACCCACUCCUCCUAUUCACUGCCAGCUUCAUCCUACUCUCAAGACCCCGUCUACAUCAAUGGAAGCCUCAACUACAGCUACCGUGGCUAUGGGUCCCUGGGAGGCAGCCUGCAGCCACCCGCACCGCUCCAGACAGGGAACCACAGUAAUGGUCCGACUGACCUCAGCAUGAAGGGGGGGGCCUCCAGCACGGCCCCGUCCAACAGCACCAGCAGGGGGAUGCAGGCCGCCCAGCUCAGCCCCACAGAGAUCAGCGCCGUGCGGCAGCUCAUCGCCGGCUACCGGGAGUCCGCGGCGUUUCUGCUCCGCUCUGCAGAUGAACUGGAAAACCUCAUUUUACAGCAGAACUGACUCCUCGUGGCUGCGGCGCUCCUCUGUCAGGAAGACAAUUUACACCUGCUAGAAAUUGGCUCCCAGCGGUGUCCCGCUCAGGACCGCCACCGUCCUCCCGUGAAGCGGCGGCUCCGCGUAGUUGUAGAAGGUGGAACCCAACAGAGCUGUUUGCUUUUACACUCCGAGCACCUGGGACUUCAGGCACGAGGCCACGUUCCUGACCCGUACCAGAAGCCAAACCUGCGGCUUGGAAGGAUGUGGGACCUCGAGGGCAGAAGGGAGCCUGGGGAGGUUUGGGGCUGCAGAUGUAUUUAGGAUGACCUUUAUGGACCCAAAUGUUAGAAUCCCGUCCCCAGAUAAUUUCCAAGUCUUAGGUGAGCUGAAUCACAUAUUUAUUGAGAAAUGGACCCUCCUCUCCCCUUAGUAAUUUAUUUUUCUGAAAAUGGAUUCUUUUGAGUUUGUACAGAUUGCCA